AUGGAUCUUCUGUAUCGUCGUAUGCGAUGUCUGGCCAACUAUGAAGCUGCAAACAAGAAUCUCGAGCGUGCGCGCGGUCGCAACAAAGAUAUUCCGAAAGCUGAGACAGAGCAACAGGAGGCAUGCAAAAAAUUUGAAGAUAUCAGUGCAUUAGCAAGAACCGAGCUCAAAGAUCUUAAAAAGCGCCGUGUGCUGGCUUUUAAGAAGAAUCUUGCUGAUCUUGCCGAUCUUGAGAUUAAACAUGCUAAGAAUGAGAAGAAAACCGGACACGAUAAGCAUCGCUGGGAAGUUUUCAGUUUAUUCGGCUAG